AUGACAUGGCUCUCUGUGCCCCAGGCCAAGGGGCUGAUGCUGCAAAAUUCUUCCUUUCUAGCGGUCUCGAACCAGCACGCAUUUAGCAGCGGCGAGUAUCGGGUUCAGCAUUCUUAUUUGGUGGUACGGUUACCUUGGUGCCGUUCCGGCCCCUGGCAUCAGCAUAAAAUAGAGCGGUUUACUUCUUCAGUUGCCUGGCAUGGUGGAUCUGAUCCAUGGUUUCGAUUUGCAUUGAAGACUUCUUGUGUUAUGGAUCCCAGCAUGGGUAAUGAUCUGGUCCAACUCUUUGGUGUUAUCGAGAUGUGGUGCAAACGAACUACUGGACAACGAGAUGAAUUGAUUGGACUGGUGAAACUUCCGUUUGCCUCAAUCGCUCAGGCUUAUGCUAGCAGCAGUUCUGUUUUGCGAGGAAAACUUAUUAAUUCUUUGGUAAGCAUUAUUCGAUAUCCACGUAAGGGUUCAACUUUCCCUCCACACUGCACAAGAUCGGAUAUCCACCGAACAACUUGA